AUGAUGGUAGGUGACCUUUUAAUAAUAUUAUUUACAGCAGUUCGUGAGGAUCGCAUGAGAGGCGGUCGAAAUAAGUUCGGAUCGUAUUAUAAGAGGGAUCGAGCGCAACGAUUACAACGGAUAGCAUUUCGAACCAAUGGAUCGCAAACAUUUUUCCCGCAGCAAAUCGCAGAACAUCAUGUAUCAAGCAGCACACCGACUGAUUCAUCGACACAAAUUCAGUAUUUUGAUGCAACAAGUGGCCAAAAAUUUAAAAAUGAUUAUGAUACACUACUGCAAUCCCCAACUUUGUCAAGUAGUACUCAGUCUUCAGCCAGUUAUAUGAUGCAUCGAUCAGGAUCCUAUUUGCCAAAUUGCGAUAAUUUAGCUGCUUUACUUGGUUCAUCAAUCGAUGAUCCACUUUUACGGUCCACAUCAUUUCCGAUAUAUCCGUGUGUAAAACCAGAGCCAUUCGAGAAUUACAACGAAGCGAACUUUAGUCAAUCUUCGUUACCAGAUUAUCCAUCAUUUUGUCCAACGUCUUCGUAUGCAGCGAUGACUGCAAUGGCUCCAGUUUCUGUUUCUGGCUCGAACUCUGAUCGUUCAUCACCUCUUCUACCUAUCUGUCCUCUGCCUACAGAAAAAACGAUCGAUAGUGUUUUUUACGCACCUAAACAUAUAUCUAUGUUAACUAGUUGUACAGAAUCUCUUCCAGAUAUCAAUCUUUUACUACAUCUUUUGAACAAAGGUGAUAAAACUAGAGAUACUUUCCAGUUCUGCAAAUCUGUUAUCGAAGAAAAUUUAAAUCAUAUUGUUUUAUGGGCAAAGAAUGCACCAUAUUUCGACAAAUUUCAUGUAGAUGACCAGAUAGCACUUUUACAUUCAUCAUGGGCCCCAAUCCAUGUUCUCGACUUCACGUUCCAUAUACUCCACAAUCAUGUACCCAUAUCGAUUCAAUUCGGCAAUUCUACUUUGGCUACCGCAGUGGUAUGCAUGAUGGGUUUCGAUUCGUAUACGAGUAAUUUUAAUGAAAUUUGUGGGAGGAUGCAGGCCAUGCAAUUUGAUCGCUGUGAUUACGCCAUAUUUAAAGUGCUUACACUAUAUGAUGAUCAAGAUGAAAGAUGUGCAAUAAAUAAUCGAGCAUUAACGGCUCAUGUUCGAACUGCGAUUACAAAUGCUUGGACAUCAUAUCGCUGUAUUUCAAAUGCCGCUGAUCACCUUUUAUAUCAAACGUAUAAUGAAUUAAAAUUAUUAGCCCGACAAGCAGCGCAUCUAUUGAGUAAAUAUUCAGCAGUCGGUAUGGAGGAAAAUUUAUUGAAAGAGAUGCUAACAAGGGAAAAUUUUUUCCAAUAUCAGCAAUAA